UCUACAAUGUUUUUGUUAUGCUCAAGCUGGUAGCGGAGCGAUUAACCAAGAACUGUAUACGAACGUCUAUUCCUCCCGAUUGCCGCCUGUUCCUGACAUUAAGGUAUUUGGCCAGUGGAGAAGGCACCGGGCGUCUGGCAAAGUCCUUUAAAAUGGGCCACUCAACCGUGCGUGGGAUUAUUCAGGAAACCUCUGACGUGUUGUGGACACUACUGUCUCCCACCUUUCUGUCCCAGCCCAAAAAGGGUCUGAUCUUUAACAGAUUCGAUUGGCACGAUGAAUUUGGAUCCCAGCUUUUUGGGGAUCACAUGCUUGCAGAGAUGGGUCCCGGAAAUGAAGAGAAUGCCACCUAUGGCUAUGCCUUUAUAGCCAGCUCUGCUUUUCCCGCACGCUGGCUACGCUGUGGGAAAAGAGAUCAACAAAUAAUAAGCUCGGCCAUCCAGAUCCCAUUAAGGAUAUGAUGAGCAAACAAUCUUCGGAACCGAGUAUAUUUGAGGCUUUCCUCGUUGGCUUAGAGUAGAAUUGACCAAUAUGAUAUGAUAGAUCUUGGAUUAGAAUUAGAGCUUAUGAACGAACGCAUUUAUGGGAAAACUUUAUUGAAAAUCAUAAUAGCAAAGUACACAAGUAAUAAAAUCAUAUUUAAAUACAAAA